GGGCUGGCUGGGGCUUUCUAGAGAAAGCUGGUGCUGGUGGGUGCCUGUGCAUAAUCUGCUUCUGCUACAGGUGUGAAGAGCCAUGAAGUGGGAAGGCUUCUACGCCCUCGUGAUCGGCGUGAACCGCCACUCCACCGCCAUUGGCCGCAUCUGGCUCUCCGUGGUGUUCAUCUUCCGCAUCAUGGUGCUGGUGGUGGCCGCCGAGAGCGUCUGGGGCGAUGAGCAGGCCUCCUUCAUCUGCAACACACUGCAGCCCGGGUGCAAGAACGUUUGCUACGACCACUACUUCCCCAUCUCUCACAUCCGCUUGUGGGCCCUACAGCUCAUCCUGGUGACCACGCCGGCCUUGCUCGUGGCCAUGCACGUGGCUUACCAGCAGCACCAGGAGAAGAAGCUCUUGGUGAUGACCGGCCACGGCGACGCCAAGCACCUGGAAGAGGUCAAGAAGCACAAGAUGCGGAUUUCGGGCUCGCUGUGGUGGACCUACGUCUGCAGCGUGCUCUUCCGCAUCGUCUUUGAAGCCACUUUCAUGUACAUCUUCUACAUGAUCUACCCCGGCUACCAGAUGAUCCGGCUGGUCAAAUGCGACGCUCACCCCUGUCCCAAUAUCGUGGACUGUUUCGUCUCGCGACCCACGGAGAAGACCAUCUUCACCGUCUUCAUGCUUUCCACCUCCGCCAUUUGCAUCGUCCUCAACCUGGCUGAGCUGGUGUUCCUACUGGUCCGGGCCUGUGCCCGCCGCGCUCAAACAAGCCGAAACCCCUCCUCUGGGAAAGGCUCCUUCCUGGGCCACAAACACAGCUCUGAGUACAAGCAGAACGAAAUCAACCAGCUGCUGACGGAACAGGACGGCUCCCUCAAAGACAUUCUGCGCCGGAACUCGGGACUACAGGAGAAGAGCGACCGCUGCUCGGCCUGCUGAGGGUCUCAGGACUGUCUCAGGUGUCACUUUGGCCGUAGCAGAUUGGGGCACUUUUCCAUGGGCUGCUGUGGGCCUGAGCUGGCUGGGCCUGCCCCACAGCCUCAGGCCCUUCCGCUGAGCUUCUGCCAGCUUCCCCAAAUCACAUCCCCGCUGCACCCUGGCCAUCUUCUGUCACCUCCCUGUUGUCAGCCAACACGCUGCCUGAGAAGCCCAGUUUCUGUGGACUUUUGUGGUACCUGGUACAGCCCCAGAAUUUUCUCACUGCAGAAUCUCCGUAGGAGAAGCCUGUGCGUGCAAUUAGCCCAGGCCGCAGCGAAUGCCGCUGGUGAAGUUCAGCAGGGACCAGGACCCCUUUCUCUGGUGGCCUCCAAUUCUACGCUCCAGCCAUCCUUGUCGGGAAAAGAAACCACAGUUGGAGAAGCGAGGCUCCCUCCCACCUUCCCCCUUUGCCUGCCCCAUAUUUGCCCCUUCAGCCUCACAUUCAUGAUUGACGUAACCCUGCCAAUGAAAGACCAGUGGGCUUCGGGUACCGAAACGUUAUGUGCAAACGUUCUGUUGUAAAUGUGCUUCCUGCAUCCCCGAAGGGAGCUAUGCAGCCACGCUGCAGUUCUGUGGUGCAGAAUUCACAGGGCCACGUUCAGACAGGGCCGCUGCUCGUGUCGUUCUUCUUUCAGCCUGUCUACAAACUUCCCUGGCGGUUUCUGGCCCAGGGCACCUCGCGGGCUCCUGGCUCCCUGAAUUUUCUAUCCUGGGUCUGCCUUGAGCAUCAAAGGGAAAUGUUUGUGGCUGCAUCCCAGGCUGGGUGGCCACCUUUUUGCCUUGGCCGCGCUCCUGUGCAUUCGACAGGCACGAGGCGGAGAAGGGCAAGAGGCGGGGCUUUCCUCGUUGCUGCCACAUCCUGCUGGUUAUGCAGAUGUUGAAAGGACCGGAGGUUCUCCCUCUGGAAAAGGUGGCAACCCUCCCCUCCAGUUGCUGCCCCCCAUUCGCAAGGGGCCAGGAGGGAGCCAGCAUCACCUGCUACACAUCACUGUACCAAAGCAGUCACAGUAUUAAAAUGAUUUUACAGUU